AUGAGGCUGCAGGCUGCGCUGCUCGUCGCCGUCGCAGCAAGAGGUGGAGCUGGAACUCCAAAUUGCACGGUCUACAUCGCGGAUCCGGGCACGGAAUUCAACUCGGCCUCAACCUCUGAGUUUCCGGGCAGCGCCACUCCCGAGAAGCACGUCGCACACUGGAUGCACACCGGGCUGCUCUCAUCUGCCCUGCGGACAUCAAGGAUUCAGGAGGCUAGAGUCAUAUUCGUUGCUCACUACUUUCUCAAACACCAGGAGAAGGGCUGGACCCUGCACGACUGGAAGAGGCAGCUGAAGGGCGGCCCUGCGCGCCUCUUCAAUGGGAACACAGAGCUGCUCCGUCGCUGGCGAGAUCGCCCGUUCGAUUUUGCGAUCGCACCCAUGCUGCCAUCGUGUGCGGAGGUACGUGCUCCCGUGUGGCUCGAUAUGGCUCGAUGGGUCGUCAUCAACCCAUGGUGCAUCUACCGGCACGGCUACGACAUCGUUGCGCCGCCCAUCGUGUCCCCAUCUCCAGCGAGCGACGCGUCGCCACGCGCAAACGCUCGUCGUCACUUCAUCACGUACGUCGGAAAGCUUCGCAAGCCAUACCUCCAGCCCCCCAUGACCAAGCUCCGCUUCCUCAUGUGGUCGCACCUGCGAGCUCACCCGAACGUCACAUUUCUCGCAGAGGACGUCCAAAAGGCCGCCGCUCCAUACCUGCCCUCCGACGGCAGCGCGCAGCCGCGGUGCGCGGUGUGCAAGUUCAGCUGCAAACAGUGCAUCGCCCUCCCCCCUGCGACGGCGCACCUCCCGCUCAGUGUUGGCUCGAUGGAGGAAGUGCAGUCGAGGGCCCACUACCAAACGUACCUCAAAAAUUCCACCUUUUGUCUCGUCCUGCGCGGCGACCACGAGAACUCGCGCCGAUUCUCAGAGGCGAUCCUGGCCGGCUGCGUCCCCGUGCUGAUCGCCGACAUGCCGGCCUGGCCCUUUGCCCGGCGCCUCGACUACAAGAAGUUCAGUUACGAGUUCAGCUGGGCUGGCGCGAGCAGGGACCCUUUGCUCGUCGUCAACGAACUGCUGCGGCUUCCAGCCGGAGAGAUCGCCGUGAAGCAGCGGGAGCUCGCUCGCGUGCGCCCCCUCUUUCAAUACCGUGCCGACGCGGACCGCCCUGGCGCGGUGCAGCAGCUGGUGCAGGACCUGUGCGCGAGCCCAACCAAGACGACAGAGCUGAUGAGCGUCGUCGCGCGAGGCACGCACAAGCGCCCGUCAAAGCCUUCUCGUGGCCUCGCCGGUGGUGCCGACGGCCAUGCCAAGAGGCUCGGCUACCCUGGCAGGACUUCGCUGUAUGAAUUGCGCGUCUCCGCCAGAAGAUGA